GCUCCUCAAAAACAAAUCCACGUGGAGUGGGCACACACGGCGACGGCACACACGUGUUUUGGACGGUAGUGGAAUAGGUGUAAUUGGAGAUUUGACUGAUUUUGAUUGAUUACUUUGCGAGCUUCAGUUAAAAUUUUGUAAAAUAAAUGUCUGAAAAUGGGCAUGAGCGAGAUGUGCAGGAAGACCAAGUCAUCAAGGAUUCAGAAAGGAUGAGAGACAUGGAGAUGAGCAAGUCAUUGAAGUCGCCUGUCUGCCAGCAGUGUUCCGAGCCUGCCAAGUACACAUGUCCAGGCUGCCUGUGGAGAACCUGCAGUGUGAAAUGCAUCAAGCGCCACAAGGAAGAGACACAGUGCACAGGUCUGCGGGACAAAGUCAAAUACAAGCCCAUGUCUCAGCUGGGGGAUCUGGACAUCCUCAAUGACUACCGUCUGCUGGAGGAGAUCGGCCGCCAGGUGGAGGUGGCCGGCCGCACGGCGCCGCGCUGCGGCCGCCACGGCGCGCCGCCGCCGCUCCGGCCCGCCCUCCACCGGCUGCGCAGGCUGGCCAAAAAGCGCGGCGUGCGCCUCGACUUUCUGCCGGAGAGCUUCGAGCGCCGGCGACAGAACACCACCGAGGUGGAUCCGGGCGGCCAGCAGCGGCUGCUCUGGAGGGUCGAGUGGCGCCUGCCGCUGGCCGAUGCCGUCGUCACCGACGACAAAGUGCCAGAGACCACGAAGUUAUCGGAGGCGCUGGGGCGACACCUGUCGGUCGGGCCGGCAACUAACGCUUUGAAGGAGGAUCCGCUGCAGUUCUACCGCGCUGCCUUCGAGACGGGCUCCGUGCGGGUGUUCCUUCGCCUGGAGCGGGUGCAGCAGGGUGACAGGUACCUGGAGCUGCCGCUGAGCCGGCCGCUGGCCGAGUGUCUGAGGCAGCAGUUGGUGAUCGAGUUCCCCGUGCUGGUGGUAACCACGGAGGAGCACGCCGAGCAGUACCGCACCGACCGUAUAGAGGCGUCCUUCUUCUCUCUGUGUAAGCGCGAGGAGGAGGCCCAGCGUCGCGCGCGACGGGCCGAGCGGCGCCGGGGACCCGCCGACGCCGACGCUGCCGCGCCCGACGAGCCGGCGCGCAAGCUGCCGCGGCCGCGACUGGAUGGGGUCUCUGUGGCGGCCGCCCCGCCUCCUACUCCGCCGCCCGCCCCGCCGGAGCCGGAGCCAGAGGAGCUGGAGCCGCAGCCGGAGGUCGGCGGUGAGCCACAGCCGCAGACGGAACCGAAGGCCGCCGCCGGGUUCGGUCUGUUCGGAGUUGAUGAUUCGGACCUAUCCGAUUAGGUUGUUAUCGGAUGCAGACGCGCUCGCCACUGAGGUUUAUAUGGAGUCAUGCGAGAUUUCCAGCCUGCCUUGUCCGCUUGUUGGUGUACUGGUGCCGCUGUCAUUCCCAGUGCCCUGCCCCUGUGACGGUCUUGUUGAGUUUGCUGCGGUCAUCCAGUGUCGUAUAACGGUCGUAUAGAGGUCGCCGUUGAGGUGACGCGGAUACCGCAGCGGUGCGGUCCAAUGGACGGGUGCUGCAGUCCGAUGUCUGGGCUGCCCUCUCGGUCAGCUGGGCUGGUGGGAGGGGAGGGGGAGGAAGGGACACAGAUCGAUCUGCCCCCGGCGAGCGAUGUCCUGUGGCGUCCCCCCCCCGGGCCCCCCCCCCCCCCUCCCGGCACUGCGGUCCCCGAGAUGACUGUUUGUCGAUCGAUAACGUCGAGAAACGUGGAGAGCGGCUCGGGAACGUUAUCUAACGUCACGAGUCGGUGUUAGAUAUUUCCUACAAUUUACAAGAAUGUGCACUUUGUAAAACAAGUAUAAACUGAUUUCGUUUUUUACGGUUAUUAUGUUCGUCGAAGACUAAUAUAGUUUUGUCAAAGUGA